UCAUGUUACCUUUGGAAUUGUUUUUGCACGUAACUUGCCAUUGAGGAAAUGGCUAACUUAAUCUUCCAAUGGACUGUUCGUAUCUCAUCAAAGCGAGAGUGGAAUUGAUUCGAGGUUGAUUUCAAUGGCGUUCAGCUUAAGCUUCUGAGUGUUGUUCUCCUUAUAAUACCUUAAUUUCUUCGCGCCUUCUUCUUCUUCUUCUUCUUCUUCUUCUUCUUCAAUUUCAUGGAUUCAAUGAUGGAGGAUCGAUCGGAGAUUGCCUUCUUUGACGUGGAGACGACUGUUCCGAGGCGGCAAGGGCAGGGAUUCACAAUUUUGGAGUUCGGAGCGAUUCUGGUGUGCCCUAGGAAGCUGGUUGAGUUAGAGAGCUAUUCCACUCUCGUUCGACCCUCUCAUCUCUCCCUCAUUUCCUCCUUAUCGGUGCGAUGCAAUGGCAUAACGAGAGACGCCGUCCUUUCCUCCCCCACUUUCGCCCAAAUUGCCCACAAGGUUUACCAUAUCCUUCACGGGCGGAUAUGGGCAGGCCAUAACAUACUCAGAUUUGAUUGUGCAAGAAUAAGGGAGGCCUUUGCACAAAUUGGUAUGCCACCACCACAACCCAAAGGAACUAUUGAUUCAUUGGCCUUGUUGACACAAAAGUUUGGAAGGAGAGCUGGCGACAUGAAGAUGGCUACUCUUGCUACCUAUUUCGGGAUAGGACAACAAACACACAGGAGUUUGGAUGAUGUCAGGAUGAAUCUCGAAGUUCUAAAGUAUUGUGCAACUGUCUUGUUUCUGGAGUCAAGUCUCCCUGAGAACAGUUUGGUUCCUCCAAAUGCUGUUACGAGGCAUCGUGCUGGAAUAUCGUCUCGACACGGAGUUAGUUCGAAUAAGAGUACUCACUCGUCGAGUUCAAGGAUAUCUCUAACAGAUGAACAAGGGGAAGCUCAUCCGAUAUUAUCCCUUGUAACUUGCAGCUCUGAAGAUGGAACCUCAAAUCUGGCUGAAUCUGAUGCAACUGAAUCAGGUUCUUUUAACAUGAACUCUUUCAGUGACCAAAUAACAGGUGAAUCACUUGGAACAGACAUCAGCAUGGAACAAGAACAUGUCUCAGUCUCUCCUGAAUUCCUGGAGCCAGAUCAGGUCUCUAUUCCCUCCAUCACUGCUUCUUUCAUUCCAUUCUUUCGUGGCAGCCAAAGAAUACAAUUAUUGCACAAUGACGCCUGUUUACUGCUUCUUUGCAAUAAUCUGAAAGUUCGGUUUGGCAUAAGCACAAAAUUCACCGAUUACGCUGGACGUCCAAGGCUGAGUUUUGUGGUUGAUGUACCACCAAGUUUAUGCAGGGUUCUUGAAGCAUCUGAUGGUGUGGCUCAGAGAUUAUUUGCAGAUUCUGGCAGUGGCUCUGAGUGGAGGCCUGUCGUGGUGAGAAAGGAUGGUUAUUUCAACUACCCGACCAUGAGAUUACAUAUUCCAAGUGCAGUAAGUGGAGAUACAGCCAUUUAUGCUACAGAGAUGUUGAAAAAGGAACCAUCAGGCGCUGCACAAAGGCUGAUAUUCAAUAGAUUUGAUGCUGCAGAGCUUGAAGGGUUGAUCAACCCUGGCGCCAUCUUAGAUGCAUUCAUUUCCUUGGAUACAUAUGACUAUCAACAGAGUGCAGGCAUUAGAUUGGUAGCCAAAAAGUUGAUCAUCCAUGCCUAGUAUUGGUAAAUACAGUUGUCCAGUUACUAAAGCAGCCCUGUUCUUAUAUUAUGCAUACUUC